AUGUACUUGCAGUAUUUACUUGUUACUUUACUGCUCCUUCUUUUAUCAGUGCCGACGUUGGCAUACAAUACCCUCAUUGACGUUCUCUCAAGCGAUGCACGAUUCUCAACACUGAUUCGCCAUUUGCAGCAUGCGCGCCUUGUUCCGGAACUGAAUCGACUUGAGUCGGGUACCUUGUUUGCACCAGACAACGAUGCAUUCGCUCAAUUCAAUGGGGACAUGACACGAGAAAAGCUGCUAUAUCAUUUGCUUCCAAGUGGGUUGACAACCAAAAACUUCAGCCAUGGUCAGCUUGUCGAAUCCAAAUAUGUUCGGCCUCGUAUGCUUGGUCCUCUUGAUCCUGGUCAGCGUAUCAAGAUUACAACAGACAACGAUGAUAUCUGCAUCAACGAGGCCUCUAUCAUUCAAAAAGAUGUCUAUGUCAAUCGCCUGACGUAUAUCCAAACAAUCGAUCAGGUGCUUGUUCCGCCUUCUACUCUUGAUGAGAUCUUUCGCAAGGAUGAGCUAUUCUAUGGUCUAUUGGAAAAGUCAGGUGUGGCAUCCAUCUUGAAAGAGGAACGGCCCUUUACUAUCUUCACGCCUCAUCAAGAUGUCCUGGAUUGUUUCAAUGCCAUCGAGAGAGAAUACAUGGUUGGCCCCUUUGGUGUGGAUGAUCUCACGUCCUUUGUUCAGUACAUGGUGAUGGAGGAUGCAAUGUAUGCUGCUGAGAUCUCUCAAAAGAACGCAUCUUAUGACACCCUUUCAGGAGAAUCACUCUCUGUACAAGCUGAUAGCGAUCAUGGAAGCAUCAAGGUUAAUGGUGUUACUCUUUCACAAGCCGAUAUCCUAGCAGCCAAUGGCGUAAUACAUCGAUUGGCGCAUGCAUUUACUCCCCCCAGCUUGACAUUUGAUCAGCGGAAAUACCUAUAUGGUCUCAAGGCAACCAAGUUUGUGGCAUUGCUCGACAAGUACGGCCUGGGUCAUUUUUUGAAUGAGACGACACAAAAGUAUACUUUUCUCGUCCCUGGCAACGACGCCAUUGAUGAUAUCUCGGAUGACCAGCAACACAAAGAUUGGCUCAGCUAUCACGUGCUUACUGGAAACUUGACACCCGAUUAUUUGGAUGAUGGUGCAUUGCUAGCAACCGAAUUCGUGUCGCAACAACUUGGCAACGUGCCACAAAGGGUGCCAGUACAUAUUCACGCAGGCUCCGAUACAUCGACAAGGUGGAUCCGUUUCGGUCAAUCUCACGUUGUGGGUGAUCCAGUAUCGGUGAAUGGUCAUGUCAUCUAUCAAAUCACCGAACCUCUUUCACUUCCUGGUGAUAUCAUCUCAAGCAUUGCCAUCGAUCUCGACGUUUCCGCCUUUGUUGCCAGCCUUUAUGUAUCUGAAGUCGCCAUGGAUGUCAUUGAUGCAAAGGGGGUUUCUUUAUUCGUGCCAUCAAAUGACGCUUUUGAAUCACUCGGCCUUAUUGCACGUUAUUUGAUGCAUCCAUUGGGGAAAACCACGUUACAAGAGGUGCUUCGUUAUCACGCUGUUGAAGGAUUGUUAUACCAGGAUGACAUGCGGCAAUACCUUCAUGAGAUGCCUACACUUGCCGGCAACAAGAUUCAUAUUGGUCCAGGGGCAGAUGACGAUCUACAAAUCAUUGUCACCCAACCUUCCCAUAUCGCUGAUCAACCAGCAACUGUGACCAGUAGCAGCGACUUGCUAGUGAGCAAUGGUGUAGUGCACAAAGUCGACAAGGUGCUUCUUCCAGAACACAUUUCUAUUUAUGGUCGUGAUCUUUUGGUGGGUGCUCAAGCCAAUACCAUGCUCAAGGUGCUGGAUGCAGUAGGCUUGCUGGAUGCAUUGAAUCAAACCGACUAUGUUAUCUUGGCGCCAUCGGAUCGUGCUUUUGAUAAGCUCAAUAUCGAGGAGAUAUUCAAUGACCCAUACAGCUUGGAGCGAUUGGCAAAAAUCCAUGUGCUUCCAGCACCAUGGCAAGACUUGUGGCAAAAGAAGCACCAUUUUCAUCACGACGAACAUGCUACUAUUCUUUCGGAUGACGAUACAUUGAUAUUCGAUCAAGACAGCAAUAAUGGUGAAUGGUCUAUUCGCGUGAAAGGUCAACCUGAAGCUGAACCAGCAAAGAUCAAAGCAACAGGGAGGAUGUGGGAUGCACAUGGCAUGAAAGGUGGUGUCGUGCUUAUUGAUACGGUGCUUAUCCCGAUACGUCGUGGGUUCUUUGGCCUUCCAUGGUUCUGGUCUAAUGUAUUGGUUGGUGUCUCGUCGAUGGUUACUGCUGCAAUUCUUGGUGUGGGUGGAUUCUUUGGCUACAAGUUGUAUAGGCGUAUUCGUUUGGGUUAUCAACGCAUUGAGUAA